AUGACCGGUCCGCUCGAUGUGACCGUUCGUUCUCUACGCCAUCAGAAUCGCCACGCGCUCAUCGUCAUUACACGAGAUUCGUCUGCAUCCAUCCCGAUUGCUGCGUUCGAGACCAUCGCCGUGCUGACUGCGUUCGAUGCAGAACUUCAACCAGCUCAAUUACAACGAUCCGAGUGGGCCAAGCGAGCCAUGGUAGACCACGGCGGUGUCGAUGCCAUCUUCGCAAUCCCAUCGUCACCGAAGAACGACAUCUCCGCAGACGACCGGGCCGAUCUCAUCGCCGACCUCGUGGAAGCCACGCUGCGUACCUUCAAUAGUCGCAAGUAUCUCGACUUCAUUGACAAUCAGUGGCGCCAGGUUAUGGCGAUCGUUGACCGCUUCGAACAUCACCGAGGGGCGGUGUGGCGUGGGAAGGGCGAGCUUGCCGACGAUGACGAGGUGGAUGAGAUGGAGCAAGAGCUUGAGGCUUUGGCUGCUCGGUCUAUCUCUUCUCCUGGCCCACGACGUCCGACCAUGGCGUACCUCUCCUUUUCAUGGACACGGGUCCACCCACUCGUCGCCAUCCGCAACAUGUCUCAGCCGCAUGCCCACUCCAGCGCGAUCACUAUCCGCUGCUGCCUCCCACAUGCUCCCACCGAGUCCCCAACCCGUCUGCGCGGCUACCGUACUCCUCCCCAGCGUCCUUCUCCUCUCGUCGAAGCUGUCAUGGAACGCCUAGGCAUUCGCCGUGGAAGAUGCGUAUCCAAAUCCACGAGCAAGCAAGAGACGAGAUGCACGCGAUUUUUGGGAGCCCGGCCAAACACCCUCUACCCCGUCAGUUGUCUGGUCGAGGUCAUGCAGCAGCCCACAAUCGUCUCCGCCAGUACCGUCCACGCGUACUUGAUGUUGGUGGGCGUUGCGAGCUGCAAAGAUCAUCCUCUCGGACAACAUGACGAUCAAACGUGGUUCUUGUCCCAUCUGUUGAAGGAAAUUUGGACCAUCCAUGAGUGUAUCCGUUCUCGUGGGGCCGCCGACGCGCCCGAGAACCCCGCUUCCCUUCUUCACCCCAUGGAAUCCGAGCCCGCUGCGCCUCCCGCCUUCCUCCCCACAUACAACGACCCACCUUUCGCCGGCCCGCCAGGAAGAUGCACGAUACAACAUAACACUGUGGAACCACUUUGGACCGGUGCCGAGGGGAGUUAUCCUACUGCGUCCGACCUCGACUCAACCCUCAGCUCCGACUUUGACUGGGAGGGCUUCGCGCUCGAAUCACCCGCAACUGCUGCGAGUUUUGCUGCUGGUCGCUCACCGAUGGCGCUUGCAAGUUUGGAGGUGAACGCGGUUAGGUUCAGCGAUGUCACUCGCUUCGUUGCGCAGUAUCGCGCGAAGUGCUUGGACGCACUGGUUAAUGAAAGCAAGGCGCAGGCCAACGCUGCUCAUGGAGCCGCUAUGCUGGCUGGACGCCCUCAACAGCAAACUCAGCAACAGGCGCAAUCACAACAGCCACGUCGCGUUCCUCCAGUUCCGAACGGCAAACAUUGCACCUUCUGCAACAAGGAGCGUCAUCUCGAAUCGGAAUGCUAUGCGAAGAACCCUCAUCUGAAGGCAGAGCACGAUGCAAAGAUCAAAGCAUCAAAGGCGGCUAAACAAGCCGCAAAGGCGCAGGAGCCGACUGGAAAGUCACACGCCGGAUUCAACACUGGUGGACAGCAGAAGGCUGGCUACAAAACCGUUGCAAUGCUGCCGGCAGCCGCUACUUAUCAAUUCGGUGAGCAGCGCCUGUUCAUGGCGAAGCGUGAUUGACAAUCAAAGACGCCAUCACCAGAGCCAAUGCACUCGGUUGGUGCUGGCGCAGUCACUGCACUUCUUGCUGCUCACGAUGCUACUGCUUGGGUCGUUGACUUCGGUGCCACGGAUCAUAUGAGCAACAGUCGCCACUGCUUCAAAUCCUACACCGCCUGCGACAUUACCAUCUCCGUUGGCAAAGGAGCUAUCAAAGCAGUC